AUGCCCAGUGCGCUCCGAGCGGCGACUCUCGGCGUGAAGUUUUCCGAAUUUUUAUCCUUGAAUAACAGCUUGCCUUUUAAGGCUUCCUUGGAGCACGGCCAAAAUCAGAUAGUUAGAAGCUACUUUAGCCGCAUUUCCAACUCUGCUUUGCAGCACUAUCUGAUGGGGCGCUUUUCUAGUAGGACACCCUGGUUCGGAUACUGGUUCCUGAUCAUAGCGUUUGAUGAGCUGAAGACUGAUUACAAGAACCCUAUAGACCAGUGUAAUACCCUGAAUCCUACAGUUGAAAAGGUCAAAAAGAUUAAAAGAGUCAAAAUUGCACUAAAGCUCGUUCUUCCAGAGUACCUCAUCCAUGCUUUCUUCUGUGUCAUGUUUCUCUGUGCAGCAGAGUGGCUCACACUGGGUCUCAAUAUGCCCCUUUUGGCAUAUCAUAUUUGGAGGUACAUGAGUAGACCAGUGAUGAGUGGCCCUGGACUCUAUGACCCGACGACCAUCAUGAAUGCAGACAUUCUAGCCUACUGUCAGAAGGAAGGAUGGUGCAAACUAGCUUUUUACCUGCUAGCCUUUUUUUACUACCUAUACGGCAUGAUCUAUGUUUUGGUGAGCUCAUAGAACAACACAGAAGAAUCGGUCCAGUUAAGUGCAUGCAAAACGCCGCUGAUUGAAGGGAUUCUAUCCAGCAAGGUCCUGUUUCCAAGAGUAGCCUAUGGAAUCUGAUCAGUUACUUUAAAAAACGACUCCUUAUUUUUUAAAUGUUUCCACAUUUUUUGCUUGUGGAAAGACUGUUUUCAUAUGUUAUACCUGGAUAAAGACUUUAAAUGGAAUUCCGUAUAAAUUACUAUAAGAUGAUCACCUCUGGUGUUGACAGGUUGAACUUGCACUCUUAAGGAACAGCCAUGACCCUCCGAGUGAUUUUAUUAAUUACUGAUGGCCCCGAGUCCUUUGGGAGCUUGGUUUAGAGGGCUUGUUGGGCUCCAGGAUAAAUUAAUUAUAGAUACGAGGUGCUUCUGGUGAACUGAAAAUGUAUGUCUGACUUGUGGGGAAGGCCGUAGGCCUCCGCACUGAUCACUGUAGAUGAUUAUGUAUGGACAUGACAGUAGGAAGAAUGGGAUUUCCUUCCCUGUCGACUUGAAUAGUAUCCCUGUAUAUUGCAUGAGAGAGGGAUCUCCCUCAUUUCCAUCAGAGUAAUAAAUACACUUGCUUUAAUUCUUAAACAUAAGUGAUACAAACAUAUGCUGAAUUACCUGUAAAGAAUGCGUUUAAAGCGAUUUUAAAUGUAUUUUUAUUUGUAAGACAUUAUUUACUAAGAAAUUGGGUUAUACUAUGCUUACUCUUCUAAUCCAGUGGUCAAGGUAUUCUUAAGAAUUUGCAAGUACUUUAGAUUUUCCAAAGUGAGUGAGAGAACUGUGUAACCACCCGCUGUUCCUUCGGUGCAACCCAAUAAACUCUGAGAUGAA